AUGUCCCAAACGGCGACAACCCUACAAGAGCUCGCCCACCAUGACCACAGUGACCAUGACCACGACGACCAAGCCAACUCCCCACAAGCCGUCGCCAAACCACUCAGCCGCGCUCAAGCUAUAACCGCUGUUAUCGCCCUCUCAGGAGUCAGCUUCCUAAACACCACAGGGUCGGGCAUCCUGACUGUCUCCCUCCCAGCCAUAUCAACCUCCCUCUCUCUUCCAGCCAACCUCCUCCUCUGGCCCGCUGCCGUCUAUGCGCUCGCUGCCGGCUGCACGCUCCUGACAUUCGGGUCGCUCGCCGAUGUGGUAGGCGACAAACGGGUUUGGUUGACGGGGAGUAUCCUCUUCGCAGCCUUUACCCUGGCAUGCGGUCUCGCCCAGACCGGGACGCAGUUGAUAGUCUUCCGGACGCUCCUGGGCAUUGCCGUGGCAAUGUGUCUCCCCUGCUCCGUCAGUCUAAUGACGAGAACAUUCCCGUCGGGGAGGGCGAGGAAUUUGGGCUUUGCGACCAUGGGGGUUGGACAGCCACUGGGGUACUCAGUCGGUCUGAUCCUGGGUGGGAUCUUUGCCGAUUCAAUUGGAUGGCGAUACGGGUACUAUAUCAGUGCCAUCAUCAGUGUUCUGCUCUGUGUUCUAGCGUUUUGGAGUCUUCCGGAUGAAGUGCCCAAGGGCGAGCCCUGGAUGAGAGGUUUAAAGGGAAUCGACUGGAUAGGCGCGGUAAUUAUCGGUGUCUCCUUAGCACUGCUAUCGUUUGUUCUGGCGUCAGUACUUUCCUGGACCUGGUUAUACCCUCAGAUCACUGAGAGCUACCACAACUUAGGGGAGACCUACAUAAUAACCCUCUUUGUGGUCUCGGUCGUCCUUCUCCCGACUUUUGUGCUCUGGGUAGGCUGGCAAGAGAGGAACGGUCGGCCGGCUCUCAUCCCAAACGGCCUCUGGAAGAAUACCCUGUUCAGCGCGACGUGCAUCAUAGUCUUCUUCGCCUGGGCUGUGUUGAACGCUCUGCAAUAUUUCACUUCUUUAUAUUUCCAAGAGAUCCAGCACCACUCUGCUUUCAAAUCGUCUCUCAUGUUCCUACCAAUGGUAGUAGCAGGCGCGGCCACAAACAUCUUCACCGGCUACACGGUCGACAAGAUCCCAGUUGGUGUACUGGUGUUCGCAUCGGCAGUCAUCAGCACAGUGUCUCCUCUAAUCAUGGCCCUGGUCAACCCAUCCUGGGGAUACUGGCGGGGUCCUUUCGUGGCAAUGCUUCUAAGUCCUAUUCAAUCUGAUGUUCUCUUCACAGUCUCUAACCUAAUCAUAUCCCGAGCCUAUCCAGGGCACAACCAGGCUCUUGCAGGUGCUGUCUUCAACUCAGUCUCUCAGGUUGGGAACUCUGUGGGACUCGCUGUCAGUGCCGCCAUCGCUGCCUCCGUUACGGAACAUUCUCAGCAGGAUACCUUGAAGGGCUUCCAAGCAGCUUACUGGCUGAUGUUCACGGCUAUGGUCGUGGUCUGCUUUGUGAGUUAUUUCGGCCUUCGCGGUGGAGGAUACGUAGGGAAGAAAAGCGAGUAG